AUGGAGAGCAGCAUUCAGCAGGCAGCGUUCGAUGAGCUGCCGGUGAUGUACCAGGCGCGGAUCCGCGACCUACAGCAGGAGCUCCUGGAUGGCGAUAUUACACAAAAAGGGUACAGCAAGAAGAUCACGCAUAUCAUGGAGGAGUACCAGGCAAGCCAGGGAGCAGUGGCACCGAGCUCGCUGAUGCCCCCAUCGGACAGCAGACAGGUGCAGUUCAGCGAGCCCUCGGAAGCGCGUCCGGACGGUGCGGGCGGGCGGACAGUCAAGGUAGACUACAGCACGCGCCAAUCGACAGCGAUGGGAUUCAAGAAGCCCGGGAUCAAUUUUGACGACCUCCUGGGGGAAUUCGAUGACUCGGACGACUCGGACGAUAUCGCGCCAACCAACAUUUCGUUCCGGCUGCAACCGAACAGGACGGCCCUGGGUAUUACGACGGAUGCGCUCGAGCGCACCUCGAGCAAUGGCUCACCGGCACAGCGCAGCGGGUCAUCGGGCAAGACCACGCCGCGCAGCGGAGCGCGCACGCCGUACAGUGUGGGCGGGCGUGUGGUGGACGACAUUGCGUGGGACAGCGGGUGGGCGCCGAGUGGGCGGGCGGACCACGUGCUGGACGAUAUGAUGGACCCGCUGGGGCAGCGGGCGGCCCAGCAGGCGCAGUUCUCGGACGACAGCAGCGCAGACGAAUUCGACAGCAUUGGGCCGGCGGACUUCAAUCCGGAUCAAAUCACCAAAGACGCCAAGCAUGCGACCAGCGACAUGCCGGCGGCGGCGGCAGGCGACGUGAAGCGCAUGAACUCGCUGGUGUACCCGCGUGGCCGGCGCACCGACAAAGUGCAAGUGGGACGGGCAGAGAAGACGCGGUCGAAAUUGUACGGGAUCGGCGAGGAGGUGGAUUUCGGCGAUCUCCCGUCGUCUGGCGACGAGAGGGAGAGCCGGCGCACCAGCGCGGCAUUGUCGCAUGGCUCGCUGAGCAGUGACAAGCGGGAUGACUCGGGGAUUAUCCAGCACCAGGUGAGCGCGGCGGGCAGCGGGAUUCCGACACCCAAAUCGGCCAGCGUGACUCCGCAGCUUGCGGGCAGUGCCGAGAUGGCAGUGCCGCGGUCGCCGCUGGGCGAGGAUCCUGGACAGGGAGCUGACCAAAAGUUCAGCAGACUGUCGUUGGCGAGUUCGGGGUCGGAGAGCGUUCUGGAUGCGGUCAGCGGGUCGAUCACGCUGGACGAUCUUGCACGUGCGUCGAAUGUUGACUUGACGAGCAUGCGUGAGUCAAUGGUGGUUCCCGAGCAGCCGACGCUUGCGCAGCUGGCGGCUGAGAGCGCAGCGCAGUCGCCGUUGGAGGAAGAUGCUCUGGCCAUUGAGGCAGAUUCACCCGACUCGCGUGAGCCGGCCGGUGGCGGCAUGGUGGUAGACAAUGUGGUGUCGCAGCAGCUGAGCAGCUCGAGCAGCAUUGCGCUGGGCGGUGACUCGUCGCCGGUGGAUGGCGUGGAAUCGGCAAUGCCGCGGGCUCUCAGCGAGUACGAUCCUCCAGGGCAUACCAGCAGCGAGGGUCUAGCAGAUAAUGACUCACAGCCUAAUGCCAGACCAGGUGCGGCAGGCCCACACAGACAGCGAGGCUGGACCGGCGGCCAACGACGGCUGGACGCAUGUCGUACUAUUCGCCAGGAGGCCGAGCCUGAGGUGCCAGCCAACUUUGACAUGCCCAGUACGCCGGUACCAGCCAUUGACACAGAGCUGGCAGCACAGGACAAUGCAGGCAACGUCCGGGGCGAUGACAGCGCCAGCAGAGUACGAGCCAUGGGCUGGCGAGCCGUGGGCUGGCGAACCCGCGCUGUCGGCGGCAGCGUCGGCACAGCUGCGACAGCUUCUGGGGCAACACCAGACGCUGGCGUCGGUUCUGCAGCACCGGGCGCAGACGACACCAGCGGCAUCGCGUACACGUGCAUCGACACUAAGGGCCGGGAGAUCGGCUCGUGGACGUGGCAGGGUCUGCACGUGCGGGCCAUGCACGUGGUGCAGGUGCUCCGGCAGCAGGGCGUGGCCGCAUGGGGCGACCGCGUGGCGCUGGUGUAUCGCAAGUACGAGAUGUUGGAGUUUGUAGGCAGUCUGUUCGGGUGCUUCUACGCAGGGCUGACAGCGGUGCCGAUUGUAGCCGGCGACUCAUAUGCGGAGCUGGUGCAUGUGCUGAACUCGACCGGAGCUGCGGUGGUGUUGACCACGGAGCUCAACAUCCGGUCGCUCAGCAAGGACCUGAGCCAGAACUCGGUCGGCCCCUGGCUGGCCUGCCGAUGUGCCACCGCAUCGGCGCAACAUCACCAUGCGCGGCAGCCAGCUGAUACGGCCUACAGCACCACGACGGAGACACGGAUCGGCGAGCUGAGCGGCGCUGAUGUCGCGUACAUAGAGUUCAGCAAGAGCCCAAACGGCGAGCUCAAGGGUGUGCAGGUCACGCAUGGGGCGAUCCUAACGCAGUGCACUGGAUGGAUGAUGAGUACGGGGAUGCUGGGCAUCGGCCGCAAGUACAAGCACCGCGUGGAGCUGGAGCAGAGCGACGACGAGCACGGGUCAAUGCAUGAGCUGGACGCUGCGCUGGGCAGCGAGCCACCGGUGCCCGAGCCAGUGGACGCAGCGAACCACGCGGCCAGCGGCUCGCUGGGCAAGAGGUGGGGCGGGUCGACUGGCUUCCUGGGCCGCCUGCGCAAUGUCGGCUCAUUGCCCAGGAUCCGCAAGAACUCGGCUUCGUCGACAACCAGCUUCCGUAGCAGCCUGGCCGGCCCGCCGCAGCUCGCACGGGAUCGGGCCAGUUCGGCGGCGUCGGCGCGCGGCUCACCAUCGACAAUGCCGCGCAACCCGACGCGCAUGUCGGCUGUGUCAGCGGCGCGCAGCAGCCCACGCAGCAGCCAUGCGGGCGACUCAGCUCAGCGCGCCAGCGAGGUGGUGGUGUCGUAUAUCGAGCCGCGGCAACACUUUGGGCUUGUGUAUGGCAUCCUGGCCGGGUGCUUUGGCGGGCACCAGUCGGUGUAUACUAGCAGCGCGCUGUGCGACCUGCCUGGCGCGUACAUCGGGCUGCUGACGCGGUACCGGGCUACAGUGGCCGUGGGCGACUACACCGGGCUGCAGUCGGUUCUGUCGACUGCCACUGACGAGCCGGCCCAGAUCGCCGGCUACGACAAGAAGACGCCGCCGAACCUGGCGGCGCUGCGGCUAGUGCUGCUGGACGCACUGUUUGUCGACCCGGACUUCCACGCGACCUUCAACCGCAACGUACUGCAUCCGUACGGCUGCCCGUACCAGAGCAUCGCCGACACCGAGGGCCACCCGGUGAUCACGCCGGUCUGCACGCUGGCCGAGCACGGCAGCGUCCUUAUGGCCAUGCGCGACUGUCUGUCGUCCUACCCGCCGCCAGGUGUCCAGCCAGCGUCGCAGCACGGCGGGUACGAGUUUCGCACCGAGGCCGAGGUGGACCGUAUUGGCACGGUGCGGUACCAUUCGUUCGGCUACCCGGCGUUCCAGUCGACCAUUGCGGUGGUGGAUCCCGAGACGCGCGAGCUGUGCGCGCCCGACGCGAUCGGCGAGCUGUGGAUUGACUCGCCUGCUCUGGGGUCGGGCUUCUGGGGGUUGCCCAAGCUCACCAGCAGCAUCUUUGCGGCGCGGUACACGUACAGCACUGAGCCGGGCGUCGAGCUGGUCAGCAGCGGCGAGUACCUGCGCACGGGGCUGAUGGGCGCGGUGGUGCAGGGGCAGGUGCUGGUGUUUGGGUUCUAUGAGGAUCGCAUCCGCACGCUGACGCUGGGCGACAACGCGUGGCUCGAGCCGCAGCUCGGCUUCCACUACGCCGGCGACAUCAACAGCACGAUCCGCCGGUACCUGCCGCAGAUCACCGAAUGCACGGCCUUCGAGAUGUACGCCAACGACGCGCAUUUCCCUGUGAUCGCGGCCGAGGUGCGCCAUAACUCGGGCAUGUACGCAACCAUCGCCGACGAAAUCUACGGAGUCCUCCGCAACCGCCACGGCCUGCACGCCUACGCAGUCGCGCUGUGCCCGCCAAACACUUUGCCGCGGGCCUUCCAGUACGGCAAGCGCACAGUGAACGCCCAGCUGUGUCGCCACCAGUUCGAAAGCGGCCGCAUCAAUUGCCUGUUUGUGCGGCUGUCGACCGACGGGCUGUUCAUGAAUCUACCGCCGCCAGCGUCGCAGCUGCCGCCCGACGACUCGUACCAGGACCCGUCGGUGGCUCUAUACGGCCGGUGGGUGCAGCAGACCAGCCUGGAGGAUGCAAUGCCGACGGUGGACGAGCGCUCGCGCGUGGAUCUGAAUUCGUUCAAGAGCAUCACCGAUGUGCUGGUGUGGCGCGCGCAGAAGCACCCCGACGACCCAGCCUUUUCGCACUUUGACGAGCGCGGCCGCCCUAUCAAGACGCUGUCGUUCGCCAAGCUGCUUACCAAGGUGUCGGCGCUGGCGCAGCUGAUGCUGGAGAAGAAGCGUGUUGGCGCGGGCGAUCACGUGCUGGUGGUCAUCGCGCCCAGCCCCAGCUACGUCAUCGCUCUGCAUGCCUGCCUGGCUAUCGGCGCCAUCCCGGUCGCUGUCGCCCCGCCCGAUGCGGCGCGGCUCUCGGAAGACAUGCCGCCACUGCUGGCCACUGUGCGUGAAUUCAAGAUCUCGUACAUGCUGGUGGAUUCCCACAGCGACGAGGUUUUCCGCAGCAAGAUGAUGGAAGGCGCCAUGCGCGCCCCGGCCCUGCGUGCGCUGCUGGGUAGCAGCAAGAUGCCCAGUGUCCUGCAUCUUCAAGUUCCUUUCGCAGUGGGCGGAGCCGCGUCGCGCAGCGCUGGUGAUGCAGUUUACGGGAGCGCAGGCGUCGACGCCGCAAAGGGCGAUUUCCAGAUGCUGUCCAGCCAGCCGGUGAUUGCGUCGGUGCGGGCCUACAACGGCUACGGUCUGCUGCACUGCACUAUGCUGGGCGUGUUUGUCGGCUGCGCGACGCUGCUUCUGUCGCCAGCCGAUUUCUUCGCCAAUCCAUUGGUGUGGUUUGAUCUGGUGCAGCGCCACAAGGUCAAGGAUGCGUUUGCCACGCUGCCGAUGCUGCAGCACGCGAUGAACUUCAUUGCUUCCAACCAGAUGCGCACGACCUUUUCGCUGCAUUCGGUGCGCAAUCUGAUUCUGGCCACCGAAGAGCGCGUCGAUCCCGUGACCUUCGCCCGGAUUCGCGACUUCUUUGCCCCCGCGCGGCUCGACGAGAUGGCCAUCAACCCCCUGUACGGCACUCUGAUGAACCCCUGUAUCAGCACCCGCGCUUACCUGGGUGUCUGUCCGUUGACGCUGCGUUUGGAUUUGCACGAGCUGCGCCGCGCCCGCGUGGUAGCACUGCCGCCGCUGUCUGAAAUGGAGAGCCCCGAGGAGGCUGCCCUGCAUAGUCUGACGCUGCAGGACUCAGGCAAGGUCUCUGGCAGCACCAUGGUGGCCAUAGUCGACCCGCUGACGCGCACUGCGCUGCCGGCCGGCAGUAUCGGCGAGGUAUGGGUGUGCAGCUACAGCAAUGCUUUGCUGAAGCAGCGUCUGGUGCCCGGCAACGCAGCGCCCGGCGGCCGCCCGGUGAUGAACGGCGACGAUGCGACUGGGUUUUUGGAUGGCGCGCACGACCACGAGUUUGUGCGCACGGGCGACCUCGGCUUCCUGUAUCUGCAGGUGUCUGGCGAGCAGGACGGCGCACCGGCCGAGCCCUACUUGUUCGUGGUGGGCAAGAUUUCCGAGACCUUCUCGGUCGACGAGUACAUGUAUUUCUACUCGGACAUUGAGCGUGCGGCCGAAGAUACCUCGCAGGACAUUCUGCCCGGCGGCUGCGUCGUCAUGCAGACGACUGUGCAGACCACCUUUGCUGCCGAUAUGCCGGUGGGCAGCUCGGCGCAGGUCGGCAGUGCGCGCAGCCGCGCAGUCUCCGUGGACUCCACACGACUGCGUCUGGUGGCGGUGAUUUCACUGCGCCGCCCUCCCGCCGACUCCUUCCUGCCGAACCUGGCCUGCCUUGUCUUCAACAACGUGCUUGAUCGCCACCAGGUACUGGUCGACGAGAUUGUCUUUGUUCCGCGCGACUCGCUGCCUAGAUCGCGCAUUUCGGAGCGCCGCCGCAGGACCGUCCGGGGCCUGUAUGAGUCCGGGAAGCUCAAUGCCUUUGUCAGCUAUCCGAUCUCAAACUCGCCCACGCUGCCGUCGGGCGCCGCGAACCCGAAUAACCGCCAGUCGUUCUUGGGUCUGCCCAAUCCUACCGCUAGUUCCUUGGCCUUUGCCAAUGUCGAGGGUUGA